AUGCACGAGGCGAAUUUGGGCGGCCACCGGGCGAGCCAUAAUAAGUCCAAUCCGAAUUAUUCCCUUACGACUGGAGAGGAAGGUGGAUCGAUUUUGUCUGCCGCCGCUGCCGCCGCCGCCGAUGUUUCUCCCCCGCAAUUGAUCGGUAAGGGUUUGAAUAUAGAUAGCAAAGUGAAAAUUCACGAGUGCUCCAUCUGUGGAUAUGAAUUCGGGUCGAGGCAGGCGCAGGGUGGCCACAUGAGAAAGCGCAGGGCCGCGAGCAACAACGGCAACGCUAACAAAAGCGCCAAUGACUGCGAGUCGUCUCUCGAUGAAGUAGGCGAGAGAGCAGGGAACCUGGCAGUUGUCGAUUUCGAUCUUCCCCAAAUUUCCUCAAACCCUAGAUUGAAGUUAAAAGUUAAUCGGUAUUUCCAGUGUAUUCGGUUUUUUCAAGUUAAAGUGAGAUAA